AAGACAUCGUCAGACUGCCUGCGCCCAGAAGGCUGGCGGGACUAUAAGAAAGCGCGUGCUUUCUCGUGGCGCCGAUGCUGGCCGCCGCCGGCGCGUGGCCGCAGCCGCCCAGGCUCGAGCUCCUCGCCCUUUCCAAGCGCCGCGCCCCUGGGCGCCUCGUUUCCUCGAGGCGCCGGUGGGCCAGACGCCUCCAUGUCUGCGGAGCCGCCGCCGUCGGAGGCGGGGCCGAUACUGAGCCGAUACCCUUCUGCAUCUUCGCGAAGCCGCCGCGGCCCGGCCGCGCGAAGACGCGGCUGGCCGCCGGCAUCGGCGCCGAGGCCGCCUGCAGGCUGGCCACGUGCUUCCUCAGCGACACGUUGCGGCUCGCUCUCGGCGAGGCGAGGCUACUGCCUGUGCUGGCGACCACCGACGACGGCAUGCCCGAGGGGGCCUUCCCGGGCGACGCCUUCCCCGAAGGGGUUGCGCCGGGGAGCGUGACGCGGUGGCUGCAGCCAGAGGGCGACCUGGGCGCGAGGACCGAGGGGCAUAGUCCGCCAGGGGCUGGAGAGCGCUCCGGCCGUCAUCUGCGCGGGCGCCGACAGCCCAGGGAGGCCGCCCUCGCGCGUGCGGGAGGUGCUCGCGGCGUUGGACGCGGGAGCUGAGGCCGUGCUGGGGCCCGCGGAGGAUCACGAGCGGCGAACGCAUCCAUACCCGCGCCUUCGCUGUCCGGAUUUUGGGGCGCGAUCUCGCGGAUACGCAGGUCAUCCGCGACCAAAGGCCCCGAAUCCGCGGGGUUGCGGCCAGGGGGCCUUGCCCGCGAGGCCGUGGAGACGCAUGCGAUUGUCGCCCAUUAGAGGACGGGGGCUACGACCUGCUGGCGCUGCGGCGGUGCGAGCCGGGGCUCCUGGCGGGCCUCCCGUGGAGCCAGCCUGACACCUUCGAGGCCACGCUGUCGCGGCUGCGCGAGCGCGGCCUGCGCGUGGACGUGCUCUCCACGUGGUGGGACGUGGACGAGCCCGAGGACCUCGCGCGCCUGGCGGCGCUGCUGCGGGGCUCCGCCGGCCGGGAGCGGGCCCCAGCCACCGCCGCGGCGCUGGAGGGGCUGGGCCGCCCCGCGCCCGCGGAGGGGCCGGAAACGGUCGCCGCGCCGCCCGAGGGGGCGGCUUCGCCGCAGGCCGAGCGGUGAGGCCGGGCGAGCACAGACAGCAUCAGCCCGGCGAGAGUCGCCACCCCCUAUGUAGUUGCGCGCAGCGCAGGGCGCGCUGCCCUCUCCUCGAAAGGCUGCUCGCGCGACGGCGAGGGGCGGUGCCGUCAUGCGGACCCUGGCAGGAGGGCCUUCGGCAGAGCUCCCCACAUGGGGCCAGGAAGCGUGCGAGGGUUUUUUUUCGAAAUGAGGCGAGC